AGUGCGCCCUAAGAAGAUGCUUAGGUGCGAUUCAAUAAGGUCCACUUAGGAAGAUAUUUAGGUUUUGGGUCUUGUUCACUUACGUGCCGACAGAGGUCACUACUGUGUUUCGUUUGGCCAAUCAGAGUGACUGUUACAUUUCUAACCUGACCAAUCACGCUAAUGCAAUAUCAGCUGUGUUAUGUAAACAUUGUGGUUCCUCGUGGUAUUGUUGUCAGAAAAAUCAUCUGUUGCAAACUCUACCUACUAUCAAGAAGAAGAAAUGAUCUGUGCAUCCAGUCAUGUGCCUGAAACAAUCAAACACUAUCUCCUUCACUGGUUUCGACAUCGUAGUGCCAGAGUAAAUAAAACAAAAAAAAUAGCGCACUUAAAAUAACCUUUACCAUCGUGUAUAUUACUAGGUGACAUCUCGUUACAUGAAAAUUAUCCAAUAAUCAAAGCACUGGCUAAAUAUCUCCAGUGACCAACAAAGUGGCCACAUUUGACCUGUGCCACAUUCAUAGUUGGCGCAACCAACAGGCAAACACAGAAGACAAGUGUCUGGCCGCAGCACCAAGGAUUAGCUGACGCCAGCACAAAACCACCCCGUCCUACAGUGCGGCGUCUCCCUCUAACACGCCUCUGUUUAUUCACUUUAUCUACAGUACAAGACAUCAAACACUUUUGAAACCUAGUCAUUCUCAACAUUAACGCGUCUCCCAACAUUUGUACUCGUGCAGUCAUCGAGAGAAUAGACACUUCACGCAAACUACACCUACUAUCAAGAACCAAAACAAGCAUACUACAUCCUCUUAGUAUUCAUAAAUAAAUAAGACAAAGAAAAUGUCUGGGAUAAAAAGGAAAGCAAACUUCAGUGAAGAGGAGCUGACAGUUCUCGUUGAUGAGGUUAAGAAGAGAGAACGCAUAAUUUUUGGGAAGCUAUCAAGACAAGUCACUACCCAAGAUAAACACUGUGCCUGGAGCCCAGUAGCUGUUGCUGUAAGUGGUGUUGGUCUCUGCUCAAGACAACAAGCCGAUGUUCGCAAGAAAUUUCAGGAUCUUAAAUCUUCAGUCAAGAAAAAAUUGGCAGAAAAUGCCCGGGAAAUGAGAAAAACUGGUGGUGGAGAAUGUGACACUCAACCAUUGACCAACUAUGAAGAAAAUUUGUCAACUUUACUAAGUUCCACAUCAGUUGAAGGUAUUGCUGGCAUCAGUGAUGCAGGACAGGAUUAUACCGUAGAAGAACCAAACUGUGUAACAGAAGAAGUGGUCAUGGACACAGAUGAUUCUCGAGUGCUAAAUGUACAGGAAUCAGGUGAGCCUUCUGCCUCACCAAUUGGUGAUCAAUUUCAUCCAUCGUGUUUAGGCCAUGACUACUCCAAAGCCUCAGUUUCUAGUACGCAUACAAGAAAAAAACAAAUGACUGCAGAACAUAAUACAACACAACAAGUGUUAAUGCUGCAUGAAAAUCUUAUAGAUGUUGUACAUAAAGUGCCAGCAGCCUUAAAGGACGUGGCUGCAGAAGUACAUGAAGGGAACAAGUCCUUAAAGGUGGUGGUUAAAGAAGUACAGGACUUAAACAAAUCCCUCAAUGAUAUAUCCAAAGGUAUAUGGGAGUUGGUAGAAUGUAUGAAAAAUAAUCAGGCACUAUGAAAUUUAUUUAAAUCUUUCUAAUUAUAAUCUCUAAAAAUAGUUUAAGAAAUUAUAAUAUUUUGUAAUAACAAUUGUAAAUAAGAACAAUAUUGAAACAUUAAAAUGUAACAAUUAUUCAUAUCAUUAAUUUUGCUAUGACUUGCAUAGUAUAUAGUGUAAUUUAAUAACCAAUCUACCUCAUAUAGUCAACUUAUGUUUGGUGUAAAUAUUUACAUGUUUUUUGUAUUAAAGAAUGUUUAUCAAUUGCUAGGUUUAAUUGUUGAGAGUUCAAAGUAGUGACAAUAUGAAAAAAACACCAGAAUAAGAAACAUUUUUAUUGGCAAAAAGAUUAAUGGCAAAGAUAUAAUUAUUUUAUCACAUCCCUAAUAUAUGUUUCACCUCAAAUUGGUCUAAGGGCAACAUAUUGAUGGCCUAUAUCAUUGUUUUGUGUAUAUCAUUUAAACAAAAUUAUAUUAAAUUUUUCCCUUACAUGUAAGGUAUAUUAAACACUGUACUGUAUUGAAAGCAACUUUAUUUUAUAAUUAAAAUAAUUCAAUUUUAAGGCCAAUGCUGUGUAUACACAGCAUUGGCUAACAAACACUGUUAUUUUACAAACCAAAAAUUUACCCAGCCAUAUUAUGUACCACAUUUCUUAGUGUCUAUGAAUAAAUAUUUAUUGAUAUAUUUUUCACACAAAUUUUUGGUCUUUUGUCAGAUGCAUAUAUUUCUCCUCAGGUAUCUGACUUUCCAUAUAAAGUAUAGCAGCAUAAAUAAUAUUUCCAAAUCAGCAGGUACAUGUUUGUAACAGUUUGUUUGUAUAUUUAUGUUUCACUUACAUAUACAGUAUGUGCUAUUGAAUUUAAUAGGUAAAAAUUGAUAGGAUAACUUACAAAUAAAUCUAUGAAUCCAAUUA